AUGCCCGCCAAGUCGCGUUUCACACGGCUAGAUGCAUUCACCAAGACGGUGGAAGAUGCGCGCGUCCGGACGACGUCUGGAGGCGUAGUGACAAUUAUUUCCUUGCUGAUAGUCCUCUAUCUGGUUCUAGGAGAAUGGUCGGACUACAGGAGGGUAUAUGUGCAUCCGGAACUGAUAGUUGACAAAGGGAGAGGGGAGAAAAUGGAGAUACACAUGAAUAUCACAUUCCCGCGAAUACCAUGCGAACUUCUGACGCUGGACGUUAUGGAUGUCUCUGGAGAGCAACAAACCGGAGUCAAGCAUGGAAUCAGCAAAGUGCAAUUGUCGCCUCUGAAGGAGGGAGGUAUGCCCAUCAAUGUCAACGCAUUGGAUCUGCAUGGUGACGAAGAAGCAUCUCAUCUUUCCCCCGACUACUGCGGAAAUUGCUAUAGCGCCCCAGCGCCCCCAACAGCAAAGAAGCAAGGCUGCUGCACAUCAUGCGAAGAAGUGCGCGAAGCCUACGCGAGCGUCUCAUGGGCUUUCGGCCGUGGCGAAGGCGUCGAGCAAUGCGAGCGGGAACACUACUCAGAGAAGCUGGACGCGCAAAGAGGGCAAGGUUGUCGCAUCGAAGGAGGCUUUCGGGUCAAUAAGGUAGUGGGCAAUUUCCACAUCGCGCCGGGACGGAGCUUCUCGAAUGGGCAGAUGCACGUACAUGACCUCAAUAAUUAUUUGGAUGUGCCAGAGGGCGAACCUGGGCAUACAUUCACACACCAUAUUCAUCAUUUGCGAUUUGGGCCCCAAAUACCUGCAGAUGUGACGAAGAGGUUGGGGUCGAGGAAUAUGCCAUGGACGAACAAUCAUGCGAAUCCUCUGGAUAAGACAGAGCAGCUGACAGACGACCCGGCGUUCAACUAUAUGUACUUUGUCAAAGUCGUGAGCACGAGUUACUUGCCGCUUGGCUGGCGGCCGAAGGGAACAUUGGGAUCGGCCCUGACUAUUCAAAACGACGAGCUGGAUGACGUCUUACCUGUCGGUAGCCAUGGGAGAGGACAAGAUGGUAGUCUGGAGACGCACCAGUAUAGCGUCACGAGCCACAAAAGGAGUCUGGCUGGUGGAAGUGACAGUCAGGAGGGCCAUAAGGAGAGAUUGCAUGCCAGGGGCGGUAUACCAGGCGUGUUCUUCAGCUACGACAUCUCUCCGAUGAAAGUCAUAAAUCGAGAGGAGCGGCCGAAAAGUUUUGCAGGCUUCUUGACCGGCGUUUGCGCAGUUAUUGGGGGCACUUUGACCGUGGCCGCUGCGAUAGACCGAGGAGUGUACGAGGGUGCAACGAGGAUAAAGAAGCUUCACCAACGAUGA